AUGGUGAUCAGAGCAGGUGAAGCUGUGUCAUGUGAUUACUGCGGUGAUAACCCGGCAAUAAUCUACUGCCGCGCAGAUUCGGCCAAGCUGUGCUUGUCAUGUGACCAGCACGUGCACUCAGCCAACGCCCUUUCCAAGAAGCAUCUCCGCUCGCAGAUCUGUGAUAAUUGCGGGUCGGAGCCCGUUUCUGUAAGGUGCGCCACUGACAACUUGGUGUUGUGCCAGGAGUGUGAUUGGGAUGCCCAUGGUAGCUGCAACGUGGCCUCCUCACACGACCGGGUUCCGGUCGAUGGAUUUUCGGGUUGCCCGUCGGCGCUCGAGCUGGCAUCGGCUUGGGGAUUGGAAAUUGAGGAUAAGAAACCGUUGGGUUUGAGUUCGGGUUUGGACCAGGGUUGGUGGGGUGGGUUGUUGGAAUCGUGGAUGAGUAAGGAUGGUUUGUCCAGCUCGGUGAUGUUGCAGGAUCUGACUGUGCCGAAUGGUAAUUCAGUAAUUUACUCGAAUUGUGGUGGGGAGAUGAUGAAGAAGGGGAGCCCCAACUGUGGGAAGCAGAAGCAGGUGAUUCUGAAGCAAUUGCUGGAGCUGUAUAAUCAGGAAUUGGCUGACGUCGGUAUCGAUGGUAGUGGUGGUGGGGAGGAGGAGGAGGUUGUACCGGGGACUCCGAGGUAUCAGGGUAAUGAGAUUGUGCCAUACGAGGAACAGCCACAAGAGAAGCAGCAGCAAAAUGGGGGUUUUACUUCAUUGCUAAUGAUGCAAAAACCCCUUAAUCCAAAAGAGAAAGGGAACAUGUUAUGGAAUACAAGCACAUCUGAUCACGGCGCACAGAUAUGGGAUUUUAAUUUGGGACAAUUGAGGGGCCUUGAGGAAUCUGGUGCGCUAGAAAUGGAAUACGGUGCGAGUGACCAAUACAUGGUGCAAAAUUCUGGAAAACUCCUGAAAGGUGCAUCCUUGGCAACUAGAAGAGGAGUAGCCCUCCCUGGAGUAAACUUUCCAAUUGCACGUGAGAAUGUCAUACCCUUUAAUAGUGCCUCAAAUAUUCCAACAGCAAGCCCAGGACCUGCAACAUCUGAGAGCAAUAAUUUACCAGUAUCAAGGCCAAAAUCAUGUUCAGGUUUUUCUAUGCCCAGUUCUGGUGGCUCAAAAGACAUUCAUUUUGUGGAUCAUGCUGUUUUGGUGAAAAAUGAAAGCACCACAGCUGCAAUAACUAAGGCUGAUAUGGAGCUUCUGGCAAAGAACAGAGGCAAUGCUAUGCAACGGUACAAGGAAAAGAAGAAAACCCGAAGAUACGAUAAGCACAUACGGUAUGAAUCAAGGAAAGAAAGAGCUGAUACAAGGAAAAGAUUCAAAGGUCGAUUCGUGAAGGCUAGUGAAGCUCCAGAUGGAUAG